GUUCCCACGCCAACACCUGCCCAGCACCAAAACGCCGUCACGAGGAUGUCAGGCAAGCGCAAACGGGUCCCGCGCGCGCUGCACGCGGAGCUGUCUGAGUACUCCUCUCUCAUCCGCACACUGCACACCCAUGACACGCUUGAUCUUGCGAAACACAUCACGCUCCCGGCGCCGCAGCCGACCUCGCGUCGGCGAUCACCCCGAACACUGACCUCGUCGCCCCCUCUAUCGUUGGACGCUGGUGUUGUCGUUGGCGCCGACAAUGAUCGCGAUGAUGACAGCGACUAUCGGGACGAGGAGGAAGAGGAGGAGGAACGUAGGCUUCGCGUUCACCAGAAGGACCGGCGGACACCCUCUGAAGGGUCUGUAGGGCCCCCUCGCUCCGAUCCUGUCGCUUCGGAUGAUGGAGACUUCCAGGAGGGGUCUUCGAAAGACACUCUCCCAUCCAAGGCCGAUACUUGGACCCGAUGGCCGCUGCUGAUGUCCAGUGUGCACAUCCCCGAAUGGUCGUUUGAGGAGGAGAUCGCCGCCAUCGCACGCCGUGUCCUCGAGAACGGCAAAUCAGAUGCGCCACCCGAUGGAGUCGGUGCUGAAGACGAUGAAGAGCAGGUAGACGAAGACACCGACGAAGAUGGGGAGAUUCCGUCGUAUAUCGCCCAUUCCGCAUCCGCAUUCCUGUCGUCGAUCCUCGCGCUCCUUGCGCAUCACUCGCCGUCGAGAGGCGAGACGCUGCAGAAUCGGCUCCAGCCACUCAGAUGGCAGAAUGUUCUGGACAUUGUGGCCUCCUGUACAGACGUCGAUCCGGAGGUGAUUGACAAUGUCAAGGCACGGAUGGAGGUUGUCUAUGGACCUCACGACAGUCCAGCUCUCGCAAGACUAGAAACCCGUGCCAAGUACAAAGCCAGGCUGCGCAGGACUAUGGAGCAAGCUGAACACGACCUUCUCGCUCACGAUGUGGAUGAACCCGACCCGCAAACCUCCUUGGUAUCCCAUGAUCCCACUUGAUUAACGGAAAUCGAUACUUAUGCGUCUGAGCGGACAGCUGAAUAGUCACGGCCAAUCCGAGCACGGUUUUUGGAAAACAUAAUCAUAAGAGACAGAAAGCAGCUGAGAAACGUGACCGGUUGUCUGAGAUAUCGGCACAAACGAAUACAGUCGCGGAAUCCUUCGGUCAGAGGUGACAACACCAAAAUCGAUGAGGAAGCGCAUGCAGGUCCUCUCGAAUGUGGUCAGGCUACAGUCGCAUCGGUCCGCUAGAGGACGCCUUGACCUAAUACGUCAUCCAGUUGUCCGGUACCUCCGUAUGGUGGCAAAACAUAGCGAUCUCCUGGAGCCAUGGCCCGAACCAGACCACAUCGUCUGAGAAGGCACGCGAGACUACCAGCAUCCCAUUAUGGUCUGGAUGAUAUCCGCUGGGGCCAGGCGAGACUCCAAAUAUAUCUGACCGCCAGACAUAUUGCGGGAUGCUAGGAUCGAAAGCGAACGUUUGUAGUACCUUCAAUUGGGGCAACGCAGAGCGUAGAAGGGGCUGAAGAAACCCGGUAUCAGCCAAGAUCUUCAUUCUCGAGGUUCGGCCACGAUCCUUCGAGUUCCAACUUGACCAAAGAGCCCGGCUUCCAGGUUGAAAGAGAAUCAAGUUCCGGAAAAAGAGCACCAGGGAUUUCGAGAGCAUGAAGUGUUUGGUGGCAAAACUGGAGGAAGCAUCGGAGAUUGUGCGCUUCGAGCCGCCGAGGAGGUGCACUAUACCGGGUCACAUGAGUCGUGUGGGACGGUCCAUAGACCAGACUGCGAAGAUAUAUUGUGGGAGGUGUCUCAAAUGUGUACUGAGACUGCGAUCCCCAACGGGACUCCAGCCUCUUGAGAUGGACGAUACGCGGUCGCCUCGGAUGCAGAGAGUCGUCAUCGCAUGCAUAUGCGGCAGGCCCAUAUUGAGCGUGGAUUCCAUCGGCACACGCGCCUUCGAUCCAGUUGUGAUCGUGAACGCUAUAACCAGCUCUCUGAAGGGGGAGGUGUAGAUCAAUGUGGGUGCUUUGACCCAUAGAAAGGAGCCGGAUAUGAUUCGACCGUGGAUAGAAGAGACGGAUGUAGUGUGCCCAUUCCUAGUGAGAGGUACAUGUGUGUGGGUCUGACACAGUCAUUCCGUGGAAAGCCCGCACAGAUCUACACCGACGAGGACACACAACCUGCCAGAGAAGCAGUGCAGAUAGU